AUGACGACCGAGGAUGAACGAGGAGCGCGUCUGGCCGCCCAGCUCGACAGCUUCCGACUGGAGACGCGCCUACCGAACCUGGUACUACGACCUCCGGUAUCCAACGACGGGCCAAACAUGCAAGCCCGCACGCGUGACAUGCGCAACACGCAGUUCCUGCCCCACCUCCACGCCAAGGUCUCGCAACCCCUGUCAGAAGUGCACGAGUGGAUCGAGCUGAUGCGCCGUGACUUUGGGACGCGCUGUCUCUUCCUCCUCGUCGAGUUCGAUGGCCAAGUCAUCGGCGAGUCCGGCUUGGGAUUCCUCGAUUGGUCCCACAGCCAGGCUGAGGCGGGUAUCAUGCUGUCCCACCAAGUUUGGCGCAGGGGAUUGGCGUACGAGGCCCUACUUGCUAGUGUUCGGUUCGGGUUGGAGCAGCUGGGAAUGGAUAGGAUCACGUUGGGCACCCUCGAGGAUAACGUGGGCAUGCGGGCCCUCCUGCGCAGGAUGGGCGCCGGUGAGGGCACGCCGAGGGUCAGAACGGACGGAAGACUCGAGAGGGUGUACGAGGUUACGAGCCAGAACCUCGCCGUUGUCUAG